AUGAUAACGCAGCGCAGAGCACUGGUGUGAGCUUGCAAGCGUGUGCCAAAUCUGAUUGUUUUGAGCUGCGUGAGCCCAAGUCAGCUGUGAGAGCUCCGCUUGCUAGUAUCUCUAUAACGCUAGCCCGAAUCGCACGAAAUCGCACGCCUUGUUUUGAGCCUUCCAGAGGAGUCCCGCGGGGAGCAUCAGUGUUGCGCGCGCAAUGCUCCAAGGCGGAUCUAGGCCUGCCGACUUGGUCUGCAGCUCAGAGCCACAAUCCGCGCGCGGUAAGCUAAUUGAUAAAGGUCUGCGCGUGAAUACCGCACAUUUCUUCUAACUUCACGGCGGGUCAGAGAUUGAUUAGAGUUUUACCGCUCCUGAUACCUUUUUGUAAUUUUUUGGGCUCUCCCAAUUUUUCACAAUCGGGCCGCGGCGGCCGGUCGCGCGCGCCAGGUCUCCGAGGAUCGAGCUACGGCGGCCGACGCAAACCGCUCCGAUGCCGCGGCCGCGUUCUGUGCGCACGCCGCCGCUCUACGCGCGAACGCGGCGGCUUUGGGAGCCGCGACGUACGCGGCGCGGGCUCAAGCCCUGGCCGAGUCCGCAGGAAACGAGGCCACGCGCGAGACGCUCGCCACGGAGCUCGAGGCUGCUCUGGAUGAUGCGGACGCCUUGCGCGACGCGCUCCGCCGCCGCGCGCCGCCGCCGCGACCUGUCGCCGACCGGCGCUCCGUCUCGGCGCCAGUCGAAGCCGUCGCUUCACUCGAGGCCGACCUCGACGCGCUCCGACGGGACGUGGCAUCUCUGCGGCCGCGCCAGCAGGCGUCGCGCCCCACAUGGCUCCUCUUUGCCGCCGCGGGCGUCGUGCUGACGGCGUGGAUCCUGACGCCCGAAGACCCCUACGCCGCGGCGCUCGCGAGCUAA